CGUACUCCAACGUACUCCGGUCAGGGGAUCCGGACUCCGACGAAGACUCCGUACCCCACAACAUCCACCAUUUGCGCUUCCUCUCGACUCCUUCCGACGACACGAUAGCAUCGAAUCUACCGAUGCCUGCCAAUCUUCUCCCUAAACUCCCCCAAAUCCUCUUCGUCUCCGCCUUUUUCACUACCGUCUACGCCCCCUAUUGGGAGAGCAAGAACACCUGGUACGAGUGCUCCACCGACUCCAACUAUACCACCAACAGCACCUACCACUCCAACCUCAACCUCCUCCUCCCCUCCCUCUCCUCCGCCACCCUCUCCACCGGCUUCGCCACCCUGUCCAAGGGCCACCCCCCCGACCAAGUCUUCGGCCUCGCGUCCUGCCGCGGCGACGUCUCCCAAGACGAGUGCCAAUCUUGCCUCUCCACCGCCGACGGAAACCUCCUCCAGCUCUGCCCCUCGGGGAAGUCCGCGGCCAUUUGGCCUGCAAGCUGCUUUCUCCGCUACUCGAACCGCAGCUUCUCCUCCUCCUCAUCCGAUGACAACUCAUUCAGAGAGAUCCUCUACAAUGUUGGGAACGUGUCGAAGCCGACGAGGUUCGUGGACUUGGUGCGCGAGCUAUUGAACAACUUGACGCAGCGGGCGGCGUACCAGUCGGCGCGGAUGUUCGCAACCGGGGAGGCCAAAUUCAUGACCUCGACGACGCUGUAUGGGCUGGUGCAGUGCACGAGAGAUCAGUCGGGGGACGAUUGCUAUCGGUGCCUGACGGUGUCGGCCGGAUAUAUACCAAUAUAUAGUUGGGCGAAACAAGGAGGGGCGGUCUUGGCAUACAAUUGCUUUAUGAGGUUUGAGAUCUACAGUUUCUACGACGAGUCUGUUGGGGCAGCGCCGCCACCUCCUCCAUCGGCCGAUACGGUCUCACCGCCGCCGGAGGCCAUCACUCGACCAGGAAAAGAAGGGGGCAAAAAGAACAAUGCAGUGAUGAUUGUUCUUCCUGUUGUCUCUAUGGUUGGUCUGCUGAUGGUCUUCUCUGCCAUUUUCGUUUGUUUGAGGAGGAGGAGAAAAUUUACAACAUUAUUUAGAAAUCCAGCUACUGGAGAUGAGGAGAACAAAAAUGAUGGAUCUGUAUUACUUGACUUGAGUACACUUAGAACUGCCACCAAUGAUUUUUCCGACACACAUAAGCUUGGACAAGGUGGUUUUGGACCAGUUUAUAGGGGAGUUCUACCAAAUGGCCAGGAAAUAGCAGUGAAAAGACUUUCAGCAUGUUCCGGGCAAGGGGUCUUGGAGUUUAAAAAUGAGGUUGUUUGCCUUGCUAAGCUUCAGCAUAAAAAUCUUGUAAGAUUACUGGGUUGCUGCAUCGAGCAGGAAGAAAGGCUCCUAGUCUAUGAAUUUCAACAUAACACAAGCCUUGACAAAUUUUUAUUUGAUCCAAUGAAAAAUAGACUGCUAGACUGGGGAAGGAGGUACAAGAUUAUUGAAGGAAUUGCAAGAGGGCUUCUUUAUCUUCACCAAGAUUCUCAACUCAAGAUUAUUCAUCGGGAUCUGAAAACUAAUAAUAUUUUGCUAGAUCAGUACAUGAAUCCUAAGAUUUCAGAUUUUGGUCUGGCAAAGCUCUUUGAUGAAGACAAAACACGAGGAACUGCUAGUCGAAUUGCUGGGACAUUUGGGUACAUGGCACCAGAAUAUGCAAUGCAUGGGCACUUCUCAACAAAAUCCGAUGUAUUUAGCUUUGGAGUCCUUGUUCUAGAAAUUGUGACUGGUCAACGAAUCAAUGACUUCCAAGGAUCAGGGCGUGCUCCGAACCUCCUAAGCUAUGCAUGGGAGCAUUGGAACAAAGGGAAGGCAUUGGAUGUGAUGGAUCGAAGCUUGCAUGAUCAGUACGAUAGGCAAGAAGCCUCCAGAUGCAUUCAUAUGGGUCUACUCUGCGUCCAGCAAGACCAAACGAAGAGACCAAGCAUGGAAUCGAUUGUUCUCAUGCUGAGUAGCCACUCUGUCACUGUUUCCGCUCCUUCUAUGCCUGCAUUUUUUGUUCAAGGUAGUGCAACCACCGAGCCAGAUGUGGCUUCAGGAAACAGAAAGUCCAAUCCGCCAAAGAGGAAGAGCUCCUACCAGCACGAGGAUAAAGCCAAUUCGGUUUCUAAAAAUGAUGUGACGAUUAGCGACAUGGAACCCCAAGUUCCCUGGAUAUCAGUUGUCAUAAAACAGCUCUAUUAUGCGGUCUUCUCUAUCAGUCGUCCUGUCUUUGCCCCGCCUGCAGGAACGUCGAGUUUGCAGACCAGAAGUUUCACGCGGCAAGCACGGAAGUCUCGGCAGUCUACGCGACGCGUUUCGUUCCAUCGCCUGCGGCAAAGCCUUUUAAGUACCCCAACGUACUCCGGUCAGGGCCCAGGGGAUCCGGACUCCGACGAAGACUCCGCACCCCACAACAUCCACCAUUUGCGCUUCCUCUCGACUCCUUCCGACGACACGAUAGCAUCGAAUCUACCGAUGCCUGCCAAUCUUCUCCCUAAACUCCCCCAAAUCCUCUUCGUCUCCGCCCUUUUCACUACCGUCUACGCCAGCGAGAACACCUGGUACGAGUGCUCCACCGACUCCAACUAUACCACCAACAGCACCUACCACUCCAACCUCAACCUCCUCCUCCCCUCCCUCUCCUCCGCCACCCUCUCCAGCGGCUUCGCCACCCUGUCCAAGGGCCACCCCCCCGACCGAGUCUUCGGCCUCGCGUCCUGCCGCGGCGACGUCUCCCAAGACACGUGCCAAUCUUGCCUCUCCACCGCCGACGGAGACCUCCUGCGGCUCUGCCCCUCGGGGAAGUCCGCGGCCAUUUGGCCUGAGAGCUGCUUCCUCGGCUACUCCAACCGCAGCUUCUCCUCCUCCUCAUCCGAUGACAACUCAUUCGGAGAGCUCCUCUGCAAUGACCGGAACGUGUCGGAGCCGAGGAGGUUCGAGAACUUGGUGCGCGAGCUAUUGGACAACUUGACGGAGCGGGCGGCGUACCAGUCGGCGCUGAUGUUCGCAACUGGGGAGGCCAAAUUCACGACCUUGACGACGCUGUAUGGGCUGGUGCAGUGCACGAGAGAUCAGUCAGGGGACGAUUGCUAUCGGUGCCUGAUGGUGUCGGCCGGAUAUAUACCAAAUUCUUGUUGGGCGAAACAAGGAGGGAGGGUCUGGGCAUACAAUUGCAUUAUGAGGUUUGAGAUCUACCCUUUCUACAACGAGUCUGUUGGGGCAGCGCCGCCACCUCCUCCAUCGGAUGAUACGGUCUCUCCGCCGCCGGAGGCCAGCACUCGACCAGGAAAGGAAGGGGGAAAAAAGAACAAUGCAGUGAUGAUUGUUCUUCCGGUUGUCUCAAUGGUUGGUAUGCUGAUGGUCUUCUCUGCCAUUUUCGUUUGUUUGAGGAGGAGGAGAAAAUUUACAACAUUAUUUAGAAAUCCAGCUACUGGAGAUGAGGAGAACAAAAAUGAUGGAUCUCUAUUACUUGACUUGAGUACACUUACAACUGCCACCAAUGAUUUUUCGGACAAACAUAAGCUUGGGGAAGGUGGUUUUGGACCAGUUUAUAGGGGAGUGCUACCAAAUGGCCAGGAAAUAGCAGUGAAAAGACUUUCAGCAUCUUCCGGGCAAGGGGUCAUGGAGUUUAAAAAUGAGGUUGUUUGCCUUGCUAAGCUUCAGCAUAAGAAUUUUGUGAGAUUACUGGGUUGCUGCAUCGAGCAGGAAGAAAGGCUCCUAGUCUAUGAAUUUCAACAUAACACAAGCCUUGACAAAUUUUUAUUUGAUCCAAUGAAAAAUAGACUGCUAGACUGGGGAAGGAGGUACAAGAUUAUUGAAGGAAAUGCAAGAGGGCUUCUUUAUCUUCACCAAGAAUCUCAACUCAAGAUUAUUCAUCGGGAUCUGAAAACUAAUAAUAUUUUGCUAUAUCAGUACAUGAAUCCUAAGAUUUCAGAUUUUGGUCUAGCAAAGCUCUUUGAUGAAGACAAAACACGAGGAACUGCUAGUCGUAUUGCUGGGACAAAUGGGUACAUGGCACCAGAAUAUGCAAUGCAUGGGCACUUCUCAACAAAAUCGGACGUAUUUAGCUUUGGAGUCCUUGUUCUAGAAAUUGUGAUCGGUCGACGAAUCAAUGACUUCCAAGGAUCAGGGCGUGCUCCGAACCUCCUAAGCUAUGCAUGGGAGCAUUGGAACAAAGGGAAGGCAUUGCAUGUGAUGGAUCGAAGCCUGCAUGAUCAGUACGAUAGGCAAGAAGCCUCCAGAUGCAUUCAUAUGGGUCUACUCUGCGUCCAGCAAGACCAAGCGAAGAGACCAAGCAUGGAAUUGGUUGUUCUCAUGCUGUGUACCCACUCUGUCACUGUUUGCGCUCCUUCUGUGCCUGCAUUUUUUGUUGAAGUUAGUGCAACCACCGAGCCAGAUGUGGCUUCAAGAAACAGAAAGUCCAAUCCGCCAAAGCGGAAGAGCUCCUAUCAGCGCGAGGAAAAAUCCAACUCGGUUUCUAAAAAUGAUGUGACGAUUAGCGACAUGGAACCUCGAUAACAUGCACGGGGAAGAAUUCGGUCAUCAUAUUUUAACCAGUCGUGUUACUACUCCAACACAGAGAUUGAUAGAACAUUGUAAUUUCGAAGGGUGUGGCUUGUCGCCAAAUUGGAACUAACGGGACACAUUAAGAAGUUUAGUGGAGUAAGUUUGCAGGGCUUCGCAAAAGAAACCCUUGUUUAAAAAAAAAAAUGGUGGAUGACGUGUAUAAAGGGGCGAGGACAUGGUAAAAUUUAGCGAAAAUUGAAAAAAUAAUUUGCAUCGUGCUCGCCACACGGUUGUGUUAUUUGAACAGAGGUUAACAAUCUGAUUAUAUGGUAGUCUUUCUUAAUCUUUAA